UAAAAUUCGCGCAGAAGCGUUGGAGGUCCAGCUGUGUUGCAUGAUUUUGUUUAUCUCUUGAUUUUUAGUGUCGAUUUUGGAUGCCUUUGUAAAAUUAGCCUUAAUCAACACUAGACAGAUUCUGCUAAUCUAGGCUUCUCUUUUAUUAGGAUUGUAUAUUAUAUUAGUUUUAGGCCUGGGCCUACAGUACCUGCUUGCUGAAUGAACCUGCUUGGGCUAUUCUCCUUCAAUCACUACCGAUUGGUGUCCACCAGGAGGCAGGACGUCCGCUUACUAGGGUAACAUUAUAAAACCUCUGGCAGGGCUGAAAAGAAACUAAGGAAAAUCCUCCACUCACGGGAACUGCAGAUUUCUCCUAUUCUAAAUCCGAAGUCCGAGGCAUAGCAUGUCUUCCCUUCGCCAUUUUGUUCUUUUAAGAUAAAUCGUAUUUUGUAUCAAGUUAAACAAAUUCAUUUUUUAAAUAUUUUUUUUAAACUUUCGAUUAUAAAGUUCCCGAUUAGAAAUGGAUGUUCAGAAGUAUUUGCUACGCAUUGGGUACGCGGGACCAGCUUUGCCAACGCCGACCCUGGACGCGCUCCAGCGUGUACACUGCUGUCAACUGAGGACUGUCCCGUUCGAGAACCUCACCAUCCACAGCGGGGGGCGCGUCCGACUCGACCUCCCGCACCUCUAUGAUAAAAUUGUUAACCACCGCCGCGGAGGGUUCUGCUUCGAGAAUAACGGGCUGUUCUCCUGGUUUCUGUCAGAAAUGGGAUUCGAGGUCACCAUCCUAGCGGGACAGGUGAGAAACGCCAUCACAGGGCGGUAUGGCCCGCCGAACGACCACUUAAUCUCAAUGGUGAUGCUCGAGGGGCACCGGUGGCUGAGUGACGUGGGAUUUGGUGGGUCAGGGUUCGAGUUCCCCAUGUCCUUAGAGACUGAAGAACCCCAGAAGCAGGGCCACAGAGUGUACAGGAUCAGACAAGAGGGAGAGAUGCGCUUUCUGGAGUGGCAAGAUGAAGAGAAGAGAGAAACUGGGCUCUGGACUGAGCUAUACAAGUUCACUCUGGAUACACGCUGCAGAGAAGACUUCAUAGAGAUGUGUGACUACCAUCAGAGCUCCCCUAGCUCCAUCUUCUUCUGUAAGUCUCUCUGCUCCAUCCUGAAGCCCACCGGGAGGCUCACCUACAUGGGCCACAGACUCAUCACCACCAAGUUUCCCUCAGAGGAAGGAGGGAAUGUGACUAAAACUACCAGAGAGCUGACUGAGGAAGAGAUUCCUGACAUACUAAAGGAGGAGUUCGGAAUCGUGCUGGAAUCUCCACUUGUCCCAAAGGAUGAAGCUAUCACACCACCCCCCAUCAUGUAUUAAGUAUUUUUUCAUGAAAAACAACAAGACAGAAACAAAUUGUCUGUUUGAUUUAAUAAAUUAAUAUACAUACACUUAA